AUGUCGUUAGUUCAUCCGAAUUCGUGCGAGUGCGCGAAAUCCGAAUUGGAUCUGUUUGACGUACCUCCCACUCAGACGAGUGUCGAAGACGGCUACUGGCAACAGAUCGGUACGGUGACGUCGGUCAACGACGGAGGUCCAUACACGUUUAAGAUAUCUGGAUCCGGAGAAGAUUACCUAGACCUGGGGAACACAAACCUAUUCGUGAAAGUAAAGUUGGUAAAGAAAGCCGACGGUACCGCCCUAGAGGAUGAUUCGAACGUAGCUCCGACGAAUUUAUUCUUACAUUCGCUGUUCAAUAACGUGAGCGUCAGUCUAAACGAAAGGCUGGUGUCUCCACCCGAAAAUGCCUAUCCGUACAGAGCGUACAUCGAAACCCUGUUAAGUUACGGGCCCGCAGCUAAAGACUCUCAACUGACAGGCGCCAUGUGGCACAAAGACACCGCAGGUAAAAUGGACACUCAGGGCAACGAAAACUUGGGAUACGUCGCGAGGAAAGCGAUGACGGCAGGAAGUCGCACCGUCGAUUUGAUGGGGAAAAUCCAUGCGGACGUGUUUGCACAAGAACGGUACUUAGUCAACAACGUCGACGUGGAAAUAAACAUGUCACGCAGUAAGGACGUGUUCUGUCUCAAUGCAGCGGACGACACGUUUAAAGCAGUCGUGCAAGAUAUCUGUCUGUACGCAAGGAAAGUGCGUUUGAAUCCGACCGUUCGCCUUGCUCACGCAAGAGCUAUGGAAAAAACUCCCGCCAAGUAUCCGAUACGGAGAAUAGAAAUGAAAGUGACGUCCGUGCCUCGAGGUAACAUGUCUUUACCAAGGACAACCUGUUCAUAA